AAGGGUUAAUAACUUAACUUCCUCUGGACGAUACACAAAAACAAGUCUUCUGAAAAUCAAAGGAAAACAAAUUUCGGAAAAAAGAAAAAAAAAAUGGCGAAGCGACCUGGGGUUAUCACCAUGUCUCCUCUUGUUCUCGACAAGGAAGACGAUCUCGAUCUCUGGGAAGUCGUGAAUCCCUCCGACGGCGAGUUCUCCGACGAUUCUUUCUCCGUCGAUAGUCUUUCCGAUGAUGACGUCAUCUCUGUUGACGACGACGAAGAAGAAGGUUCUGUUGUCUCGUUGUCUGUCAUUUCUCCGCUGUCUCAGACGCUUCCUGCUGCCGACGCCGUGGAUCUGGAUUCAGACGGUGAUGUCGAUGGUGAUCAUGGCGAUGAUGAUGUCGUUCGCGAUGAAGUUGAUGAUAUCGAUCUUGGAUGGGCUCAACGGCAGAUUCUGUUUAUCGGUGCCGGUGGAGGUUCUCACGGAGUCACGUACGGAGAUUGCGGUCCUGAUGACGGGGAAGAAGGAGAUUGCGGUACUGAUGACGGGGAAGAAGAAGAUCGCGGUGGUGAAGAUGGCGAUUACGACGAUUCGUAUGAUCUUGAGGAAGAGUUGAUUCCGCGUAGCGUGAAUAAGAAGAUUGGGAGACAGAGGAUGAGGAAACUGGGGAAAAGAGCAAUCGCGAAGGUCUAUGCAUCGAAGAUGACUCCGUAUUCGCACUUGAAGAAGUAUGGAUGCGUUCGUGGUAAGCAUGGUCUCGGCAUGAAAUUCAAGUGCUGAUCUGUUGUUAGAUCUCGCGGUGGACGGACAUGGAUUCUUCAAGAACUCGUUAGAAUUUCUCAAUUUCAUGGGUUUUUAAUUGAUGUGUAAAUAUGCUAGUUCAAUUUCUAAAUUCCUGUUUCGGUAAUUCGGAUGAUGUUUCUGAAGAUCGCAUUGUAUAUAACUCUCGCAGUAGGGAUUCACGAGUUUCGACGUUAUUAAACUGAUUCGUUUCUUUAAUGGAGUUUAUCAGAUCAGAUUGUGGUUA